GACAAUCUUCACAUCCUACCAACUGGAGGAGCUGGAAAAGGCCUUCAAUGAGGCCCACUAUCCUGAUGUAUAUGCUAGAGAGAUGUUGGCCAUGAAAACAGAGUUGCCAGAAGACAGGAUACAGGUUUGGUUCCAGAACCGCCGGGCCAAAUGGCGGAAGAGGGAGAAGUGCUGGGGCAGGAGCAGUGUGAUGGCUGAGUACGGGCUCUACGGUGCCAUGGUGCGUCACUCCAUCCCGCUGCCCGAGUCCAUCCUCAAGUCUGCCAAGGAUGGCAUCAUGGAGUCCUGCGCCCCUUGGCUCCUGGGGAUGCACAAAAAGUCUCUGGAGGCAGCGGCUGAGGCGGGGAGGAAGACGGAGGUGGAGCGCCAGGCCCUGCCCAAGCUUGACAAAGGUGACAAGGAAGAGAGGGGCCCAGAUCCCAAAACCACCAUUUCCCAGGAGGAACUGAGAGAAAACAGCAUUGCUGCCCUCAGGGCCAAAGCUCAGGAGCACAGCACCAAAGUCCUGGGGACCAUCACAGCUGGGGACACCUCAGCCCAGGGCAGGAAGCCAGAGACAGGGGAGGAAGCGGCAGCAGCAGAGGAUGAGAGACAGACGGAGAAGUUGAACUUGUCGCAGAAGGAGGAGAAGCUGAUCUAGGGGGGGAAGAGGUGGCGGAAGCCAGACCCAACAGACACUGUGUCCUC